AUGGAAGACUUGGACGAAAAUGACAUUGUGGUUAGUGACAACGUGGAAGCGGUGAAAUCAUUUGAAGAGAUGCAUCUGAAAGAAGAUCUUCUUCGGGGCAUCUACUCCUUCGGGUUCUCAGCUCCGUCUGCAAUCCAAAGCCGAGCUAUCACCCAGAUCAUUUCAGGCCGCGAUACGAUCGCCCAGGCUCAAUCUGGCACAGGAAAAACAGCUACAUUCAGCAUUGGUAUGCUACAGAGCAUCGACAUGAAAAGCAAGGAAAUUCAGGCUCUGGUGAUCAGCCCAACCAGGGAACUGGCGGUUCAGAUCCAGCAGGUGAUUAAAGCCUUGGGUGAUUAUCUCCAGGCUAAUUGCUACGCUUGCAUUGGUGGAGGAAGUGUGGGCGAUGAUGCUAAAAAGCUUGCUCAAAAACCCCAAGUUGUGUCAGGAACUCCAGGCCGCGUUCGCGACAUGAUCGCUCGGGGUUAUUUGCCUCCUCGACAUGUAAAAAUGCUGAUCCUUGACGAAGCAGAUACACUUUUGGAGCAAGGGUUUCAAAAAAAUAUCUCUGAAAUUUACCGUUUGCUACCUCCGUCUGUUCAGGUGGUGGUAGUCUCCGCGACCCUCCCCUCCGAGGUGCUGAGUUUAACUAAAAAGUUCAUGACGGAUCCAGUGCGUAUUCUCGUCCGACGAGACGAACUGAGCUUGAAGGCCUUGAGACAAUUCUACAUCAAUGUUGAGCAGGAGGAUUGGAAGUUCGAUACCCUCUGUGAUCUCUACGACACCCUUACUAUCACACAAUCAGUCAUUUUCUGCAACACUCGUACCAAAGUCGACUGGUUGGCCUCCAAACUGCGUCAAGCAAAUUUCACCGUAGCGUCGAUGCAUGGCGAUAUGUCACAAAAGGACCGCAACAAAGUGAUGCACGAGUUCCGCCAGGGCACCUCGCGGGUCUUGAUCUCCACGGACGUCUGGGCACGAGGAAUUGACGUCCAGCAAGUCUCGAUGGUGGUCAAUUAUGACCUCCCUGCUAACCGCGAGAACUAUCUCCAUCGCAUUGGCCGCUCAGGAAGAUUCGGACGCAAGGGUGUGGCCAUUAAUUUUAUUACUCUCGAGGAUGAGCAAGAGCUAAAACAGCUCGAAAAGUAUUAUAGCAUCCGCAUCAAAGAAAUGCCUAGUGAUAUUUCAAAAUACAUGUAG